GUUUGACAGGUGUGUUCAGAGAUAUUCAUAACAUGAGGUGCUUUUCUUACUCAGACGUCUCUCAGUGAUAUGGGAGACGUCUGUCUACGAGGGCGAACAUUUCAGUAGGUUGUGCACAGAGACAGUCGAGACAGCAUGACCUGGACAAGUUGUCUGACCUCAGCUUGGUCCUUCUGGACUGGACGAGGACAUGGAGACAGUAACGUGAGGACGCUUGAAUCCAACCUGCUUCAUGACAACCAGAAAUCCAAAGAUCAUCCCAACAAGAAGUAUGCAGGGAAUGGCAUCAAGACUACAAAAUACACCAUCUGGUCCUUCAUCCCUAUGAACCUAAAAGAACAAUUCUGCCGGUUCGCCAAUAUUUACUUUGUGGGUUUGGCGGUGCUAAACUUUGUCCCAGCCGUGAACGCUUUCCAGCCGCAGGUGGCCAUCAUUCCCAUUUGUGUCAUUCUGGCUUUGACCGCCGUCAAGGAUGCUUGGGAGGAUUUCAGACGCUACCAAAGUGAUCGCCAGCUCAACGGCAUGCCCUGCCUUGUCUAUAGCAGGACCCAGCGGAGCUUUGUGGAGAAAAGAUGGAAGGAUGUACGUGUGGGAGAUUUUGUCCGAGUGCUUUCCAAUGAGAUUGUCCCAGCAGACAUCUUGCUCCUGCACACGUCCAACCCUAAUGGAGUGUGCCACCUGGAGACGGCCAAUCUGGAUGGCGAGACCAACCUCAAGCAGAGGAAAGUGGUGCCUGGUUUCUCCACACUGAAUACUCCAUUUGAACCGCUUAAAUUCAGCAGCACUGUGGUUUGCGAGAAACCCAACAACAACCCGAACAAUUUCGAUGGCUUUCUACAAAAAAACAAGGAGAAGACAGGCUUUGACAUUGAGAGCUUAUUACUACGUGGAUGCACUGUCAGAAAUACGGAUCAUGCCUCAGGGAUAGUGGUGUAUGCAGGCCAUGAAUCCAAGUCCAUGCUAAACAAUGACAAGCCGAGGUACAAACGUAGCAAGCUGGAGAGAAAGAUGAACAAGGAUGUGUUAUUCUGCGUGCUUCUGCUCUUCUGCAUGUGUCUCAUAGGAGCCACUGGUCAUAUCUAUUGGUUGAAGACUUUCCCUAGUAUUCCAAUCUACUUUAUCCCUGAAAGUGAUGGGAGAAUUAUCCAACCAUUGCAAGCAGGGAUGUACAUGUUCCUUACCAUGAUUAUUCUACUGCAGGUGAUGAUCCCAAUUUCACUCUACCUUUCCAUUGAGCUGGUCAAGAUCGGCCAGGUUUACUUCAUCACUCAAGACUUAGACCUGUAUGAUGAGGAGAAGAGUUCUCGGGUCCAGUGUCGUGCUCUUAAUAUCACAGAGGACCUAGGGCAGAUUCAGUAUGUCUUCUCAGACAAGACAGGGACUCUGACUGAGAAUAAAAUGGUGUUCCGCCGCUGCACUAUAAUGGGAACUGAAUUCCCCCAUGAGGAUAACGCAACACGAUUGGCCUUUCUCGCAGGCGAGACAGAUCAAGAUGAAGAGGUUAUUUACCAACAGAACAGGCAACCUGCUCUAUUUUCUCUGGAGGCAGUCCAGGAAGUCCCAGUGGGAGUCAGAGGGAACUUCAACACUUCUGCCAGGAGUGGAUUAUACAGGCCAAGGCUCUUAGCAGGAACCCCUGGAAGAUUUGCUUUUAGCAGCCCACUGGAAACUGAGGUGGUUCCAGACCAGACAUUGCUCCAGCUAGUAGAAGACGCUGAGUGUGAGAGAAAAAAUGCACAGUACCUGGAGUUCUUCCUGGCUUUAGCCAUCUGCAACACUGUAUUGGUUUCAACAAAACCUGUACAGAGACAAAGGGCAAAAGUGAAACGUAGCACUUCUCACUCCAGUUCACAAGAGUGCAUGAAGGGUUUGUUGAAUCGAGUAGCAUCUCUUGGGAAGCUGAUGUUUAGAAAGAGAAGGCCUUGCUCAGAACCUUUUCCCAUGGACAAUAUGGGAUCUCCUGUCCUCGAGGUUCCCAGUUUUUAUGCUUCUACUGAGAACCUUAAUGAAGGCAAGACCGGUUGGGGGUGGGACCAGGCAGGAAGCAGUCUAUGUGUGAUAGAUGAUGUGUGCUAUGAGGCUCAGAGUCCAGAUGAAGCAGCUCUGGUGCAUGCAGCCAAGGCUUACGGCUUCACCUUAAAGGAACGAACACCUCAUCAUGUAACUGUCCAGCUGCCUCAAGGAACACUGCUGAGGUUUGACGUGCUGGAUGUUUUGGCCUUUGACUCCAACCGGAGAAGGAUGUCCAUAAUAGUGCGCCAUCCUGAAACCAAAAAUAUUGUAAUGUAUACAAAAGGUGCAGACUCUAGCAUCAUGGAUCGACUAGACGCUAGCUUCAAAGAAAAAGUACACAUGAAAAGUGAGAGGACAAAUAUGGUUCAUAAAACACAGAACGACCUUGACAUGUACGCCAGGGAUGGUUUACGGACCUUGUGUUUCGCAAAAAAGGUUAUAACUGAAGAGGACUAUAAGAAGUGGUUAUUUAUGAGACAAGAAGCUAAGUCAGCUAUAGAGAAGAAAGAGGACCUACUCAUGGACACUGCAGCAUACAUGGAAAACAACCUCACACUGCUGGGGGCCACUGGAAUUGAGGACCGCCUUCAAGAAAACGUUCCAGAAACCAUCCAGGCUUUGAGAGAGGCUGGAAUGAAAGUAUGGGUGCUGACCGGGGACAAACUUGAGACAGCCGUCAACAUUGCCUACUCCUGCAAGCUACUGGACCAGAAUGACCUGGUGUUCACAUUUAAAAUGGCAAACAAGGAAGUCUGUAGGACCAUGCUGAACGGAGCUCUGAGUGAGAUACCGCAGUUUUUGGAUGAGAUGCCUAGAAUUGGGUUAGUGAUUGAUGGUCAAACUCUGGGCCUGCUCCUGGAUGAUGAGCUGCAGGCUCACUUCUUGCAGUUAUGCCAACAAAGCCGCUCUGUACUGUGCUGCAGAGCCACACCAACGCAGAAGAGCAACGUCGUCACACUGCUGCGUGACAGGCUCAAGGUCAUGACUCUUGCUAUAGGUGAUGGUGCCAAUGACGUAAACAUGAUUCAAGCAGCAGAUGUCGGUGUGGGAAUAUCAGGCCAGGAAGGCAUGCAGGCUGUUAUGGCCAGUGACUUUGCAAUAUCUCGCUUCAAACACCUGAAGAAGCUUCUCCUGGUUCAUGGUCACUCCUGUUACACACGACUGGCAAACAUGAUCAUCUAUUUCUUCUACAAGAAUGUGGCUUAUGUCAACCUCCUGUUCUGGUACCAGUUCUUCUGCGGCUUCUCUGGCACAGCCAUGAUUGACUACUGGUUCAUGAUUUUCUUUAACCUCUUCUUCACAUCCUCUCCACCCAUCAUGUUUGGCAUCAUGGACAGGGAAGUUUCUUCUCACAUGCUCCUCCACCUGCCAGAACUCUAUAAAAAAGGCCAGCAUACUGAGGGAUACUGUCGUACAACCUUUUGGAUAGCUAUCCUAGAUGCCUUUUAUCAGAGUCUUGUUUGCUUCUUUGUCCCAUACUGGACAUACAAAGGUUCUGAUAUUGGAAUCUUCUCUUUGGGAACCCCCAUGAACACUCUGUCUUUGUUCACCAUCCUCCUUCACCUGGCAGUUGAGAUCAAGAGCUGGACAGUGGUUCACUGGGUUAUCAUGGUGGGGAGCUUCUUGGUGUUCUUCAUCGUGACUCUGACUUUCAGUGCGCUCUGCAUCAGCUGCAACCCUCCUUCAAACCCAUACUGGAUUAUGCAGCAGCAAAUGAAAGACCCUGUUUUCUACCUGGUCUGCAUUUUAACCACAGUUGUAGCACUGUUGCCAAGGUUCACAGUGCAUGCCCUAAGGGGAACUCUAGUGCCCUGUGAUCACCUCAAGGCAAGGCAGAUAGACCAACUGCCUCCAGACCAGCGGGAAAUGUGGCUCAGAGAGUGGAGGAGCCUCAAAGACCUGUGUAGCUCCUACCCCAGCUUGUCCUCCUCCACACGUAAGCGCUCAGCUGCAACUUCAGUCCACGCAGCUUAGUGUUGCAGUGCUCUCAACAAUAAUGUAAUAUACAGGAGAAUGUGAGCUCAAGAAAUGCCUUUUUAUAGACUUCCUGAGACACAGAACAUUUGAAUACUAUUUUAUUUGUUGGUAUACUUGAACCUUUGCACAAGUGUGCAAGGGCAAACUCUUGAAGACAAAACAUCAUGAAAACAUCAUGAUUACGCAAAAAAAAAUCAUUUAAUGCAGUGUUAACAACAUGGUGAACUGACGCCAGUCAAGGAUGUAACCUGACCAGCAUGCCGCCCCGCUUGCUCAGUUUCUGACUCAGCUUCAUCCAGCCUCUUCUCCACUAACAAGCCUCAUGGAUUAACCAUGGAAUCUGACUCCAAGUAAAUCUCUGAGGUUCUUUCAAGCACUCGGAGAAGUUCAGACUAUUAUGCUGCACAUUCCAUUCUGGUCAAUCAAUGCACCACUCACAGUUUCUCAGUAAACACCUCAAAAUGAGCUGCUUUUCUGGACUUGGUGAGUUGAAGUGGCGUUGGCUUCCCCUUGAGAAACCUACUUUCACUGUGAGAAACCUCAUUUGUAUUCAGAGGCGCUUCGAGCUGCUCAUGAAAUAAUUGAGGAUUGCAGAUGUUACAUAAUAUCUUGGUAUUUUCAGUUCAUGAAUCCGUGUUGACAGCAUGCUGGGCUUGAUGGUGAGAGACAGAAACACAAGUACUGCAGCAUGAUAUAGAAGCAUCUCAGACUACUUUAUGCUUAAUUAUUUAACAUUAUAUUUGACUAGCUUUUGUGUGUGUGUUUGCGUGUGUGUAGGAAUACAAACAUUACUUAAUUGCAUGUCGAACGCGUCUCUGACAUUCCUCAUUCUUCAAGGAAACAGUGAUGAUCUGGCACAAAUGGCUGAGUAAACCUCAGUCUUCUUUUCCACCUCUUGCUUAAGUGCCCUCUGUAGCUGAAGCUUGCAAUAAAAUGGGUCUAGGAGUGAUUGGAUUUGGAGAGCUAGUUGCAUUUUUAUGUAAUGAUGUCAGAGCCUGUACAAGCGGAUCAUUUUUGCCAUCUUGUGUUGGACUGUUGAACUGCAAACUGUAUACGUAUAUACUAGAGAGACAUGAGGAAGAGAACAAGAUGGAUGGUGUUUCAAUGUCAAAAGUACAGCUAUGCAUUAAUUUAUCAAAAUUUUUGUUAACUUUGAUCAGUCCAUCAA